AUGGCUCACCCUAACGAUGCUCCCUCCACCAAACCAACCUCCGAAUACACACCCCUCGCAAUAAUGACCCUCCUCGGCUCAUUCUGCGGCAUGUUCUGCACCGUCGGCUUCGUAAACUCCUUCGGCCUCUUCCUAGAGUACUACAAGAAAGACCAACUCUCCAACCAACCCGAAUCAACAAUCGCAUGGAUAGCGUCGAUCGACAUCUUUUUCAUCUUCGGCGUAUCAGUCGUAUCGGGGCCUCUACUCGACACUCUCGGUCCACGGCUCCUCCUCUGCAUCGGCUCCCUCGGCACCAUCUUCUCCAUAAUGAUGACCUCCCUCUGCAAACAGCUCUACCAAUUCAUCCUCGCGCAAGGCAUCCUCCUCGGCAUCUCCCUAUCCCUACUCACCUGCCCCAUGAUCGCCCUCGUCGGCCAACACAUCAAGAUCAAGCGCGGCGCAGCAGUCGGCAUUGUGAUCGGGGGAUCCUCCCUCGGUGGCGUCCUCUGGCCGAUCAUCGUCAAUGAACUGCUCAAGAAACCGAACAUUGGGUUCGGGUGGACCAUGCGCAUCGUGGGAUUCAUCAUGUUGCCGCUACUCACAGUGACUUGCUUCUGUUGUAGACCUGCUGCACCUCCUGCACCACCAUCGCAGGCGCACCCAGAGCCAGAAUCAGAGAAACCCUCCCCUGCACCCCAACCACAUAAAGAACCAGAGCCUUCCCUCCUCAAAAACCCAACCCUCCACCUAACCUGCCUCUCCUUCUUCAUCAUCUACUUCGGGAUGUUCUCGCCCUUCUUCUACGUCUCCAGCUACGGCGUAGCAAAGGGCUUUUCCUCCUCGUUGUCAUUCUAUACGAUCUCAAUGCUGAAUGGCGCGUCACUGUUCGGGAGGAUCAUCGGGGGUAUAUUAGCUGACAAGUACGGACGGUUUAAUGUCUGUAUUGUGUUUACGAUCCUCUCCGGGGUGGUUUGUCUCUGUUGGACGAAGGCCACGAGUGUGGCGGGGUUGGUGGUGUUUGCGGUGGCGUAUGGGUUUGCUUCGGGGGCUAUCCUUUCCCUCCAACAAGCAUGUGCGUUGCAGCUUGCUACGCCGAAGACGGUCGGGUUGGCGGUGGGGGUUGUUAUGGGGGCUACGGCUUUGAGUGCUAUGGCUGGAAUACCUAUCUCCGGGGCAUUGGUGCAAAAGUAUGGGUUUCUUGCGCUGUCGAUAUACGCUGGGGUGAGUCUGUUGGUGGGUGGGGUGUUGUUGGGUGUGGCGAGGGGGAAGCAGAGGUUGGAAUUAUGGGUUGUUGUUUGA